AUGGGUAACAAGAACAAGGAAGGCGGCAAGAAGGCCGGCGGCGAGGCAUCGGCAUACCACCAUAAGAGCAAGGGAGGCGGCAGGAAGAAGCAGGCUGCUGGCGGGGACGCGCCGUCGCCGGCGAAGGCGGCGGGCUCGCUCCCGGCGCCGUCCGUCAGCUUCAACCCCAAGGACGCGACGGACCCGUUCGAGCUCCUGGACAUGUGCGUCGCGGCGCUCCACGACAAGCAUGCCUCCACGGCGACGCGCGAGGCGGCGCUGGCGUCGCUGGCCGGCGCGCUCGAGGGCGCGGUGCCGCUGGACGAGGCCGCCGACGGGCGGCCCCUCGUCAUCUUCGCCCUCUGCGGCGCCGCCAUCAAGAGGGGCACCGCCGCGCCGGCCCUCGCCAGGGAGGCCCGCCUCGCGUACCGCGCCGUCGGCCUGCUCGCGCUCACGCUCCGCAACGGCGGGUCCACGGAGAUCCUGGCCGAGUCGUUCCCGGUGCUCGCCCGGGCGCUGCAGCAGGCGCCGUCGUCCGCGGACGCGGCGACGGUGGCCGCCGCGCUCGACUGCCUCGCCGCCGUCACCUUCGCCGGCGCGCUGGGCCCGGAGGAGGCGGAGCGGUCGCUCAAGGCCAUCAUGGGCGUGGUGUGCCCGAACCCCAAGUCCCCCACGGCGAUCUCCGGCAGGGUCAGCCCCCAGGUGGUGGCCGCCACCGUGUCCACGUGGACGUUCCUCGUCACCACCGCCGCCGUCACGGACGCGCAGCGCAAGGCGGACCGCGCCGCCUGGGCCGCCACGGUUGGGGCCCUGGCGGGGGUCCUCCUGGAGGCCGCCGGCGAGGCGCUGGCGGUGUGCGUGGAGCUGAACCUGACGCAGUACACCCCGCGCAAGGACAUGGAGGCCGUCCGGGCCCGGGUGUCGGACCUCGCCAUCGAGGCCGCCGGCAAGGGCGCGGACAAGACGCUGUUCCUGGAGCCAGCGAAGGACCUGUUCCGGCAGAUCUCGGCGUACAUGGAGCGCGGCGAGCGGCCGCGGCCGCUGGUGCUGCGGACGUCGCCGGACCGGCGCGAGUCGAUCAGGGCGUCGACGUGGGCCAAGAUGGCGCAGCUCAACUUCCUGCGGCGGUUCCUCGCCGGCGGGUUCCUGGCCCACGUCAAGGGCAACAGGCUGUUCAAGGAGACAUUCGACGUGGGCGCGGACGACAAGGCGACGCUGUCGAUCGCCAGGAGGAAGGUGGUCUUGAAGGCCAUGGACAAGGGGAUGAAGAUGAACCGCGAGCUGUCGUGGGCGGUGAAGAACGUCUACUGCCUCCCCCAGGGAGGGCCGCCGGAGAGCAACAAGCCGGACCAGCUUCUCAAACUUGGCUGGCAUUAG